AUGUCGAACCCCCACAUCCUCAUUGUAACGCUUCCCGUACAAGGCCACAUCAAUCCAACUCUCCAACUAGCUAAGCUCCUCAUACGUGCUGGUGCCCAUGUCACCUUUUUCCCUAGCGCUUCCGCCGGUUCCCGUAUGUCCAAGUCCCCAAACCUGGAUGGAUUAGAGUUUGCCACUUUCUCGGAUGGCUAUGACCAUGGCCUCAAACAAGGCGAUGAUGUCGAGCACUUCGUGUCCCAGCUUGAGCGUCUCGGGUCCCAAGCUCUUAUUGAGCUUAUCAUGGCCGGUGCCAACGAAGGUCGUCCCUUUGCUUGCUUACUCUAUGGUAUCCAAUUUCCAUGGGUAGCAGAGGUGGCCCAUAGCAUUCUCCCCUUGCUUAACAGCAGUGAUCUUCCCUCCUUUUUAAUCCCCCAAAAAGGGAAUAAGUACAAAUUUGUCCUCCCAAUGUUUCAGAAGCACCUAGAGAUGCUCAACUGUGAAAGCAACCAGAAAGUACUGGUAAACAGCUACGAUGCACUAGAAUCUGAGGCCCUAGGAGCUAUCAACAAGUUUAACUUGAUGGGAAUUGGACCCUUGAUUCCGUCCGCUUUCCUGGAUGGAAAAGAUCUAUCCGAUACUUCAUUUGGAGGCGAUCUUUUCCGCUGUUCAAAGGACUAUAUCCAGUGGCUGAACUCAAAGCCUGAAUCUUCUGUCAUUUAUGUAUCAUUUGGAAGCCUGUCCGUGUUGUCAAAGCAACAGUCAGAGCAGAUUGCUCGCGGGCUGCUGGAUGGAGGACGGCCUUUCCUGUGGGUCAUACGAGUUAAGGAAAAUGAAGAAGAAAAGACACUGAGUUGCCAUGAAGAGUUGGAACAGCAAGGAAUGACAGUACCGUGGUGUUCUCAAGUUGAGGUUUUGUCACAUCCAUCAGUGGGAUGUUUUGUGUCACACACUGGGUGGAAUGAGGUUAUAAAACAAGGUUACUAG